AUGGCAUCCACAUCAGACACCAGUCUCUCCCACGAGGAGCGCUGGAACGCCCAUCGCGCUGACCGCGACACCGAUUCAGCACAGCCCUUUAGCGCUGCAUCCACACCUGCUCCCACAACGCCCGCCACACCACCAGCAGACGAUCUCGCUUCCUCGCAAGAGCUCGCGCGUCCACCGCCCACAUCGGUGACGCCUUCCAAUGGCCUUGGCGUCGAUGCAGAAGACGAAGAUGUUCGCAUCGCCAUCAUGGCUCUGGGCGCCAUGAAGAGUCUCGACGGCACGAGCCACGGCCUCGGUGGUCCUACCCCCAGUAGCAGCUCAAUCUCCCUGGACACACAAAAGGAUACCACAUCAGUACGCACAUCUUCAGCGAUAUCCAACUCCAGCGUCGCUUCUACCGCCAUCUCCUCGCCCAGCUCCACACCAGCCACCGACUUCACGCAGGAUUCGGGCGUCGAGUCGCCUGCAGGGCGCAUGUCCGGGCCCGCACGACUGGGUGACCUUCCACCAGAUCUCAAGCUUCCCGCCGUCAUUCAGGACGAGAACGGCAAUGAGCUCGAAGUCGAUCCAGAGAUGAUGAACGACGCUGACUUUUUGAAGCGUGUCAGCCACCUUCCCUUGGUACGCGGCACUCUCCGCGCCUACGAGCUCGGCAAACAGCGUAGCAAGGUCGUCAAGUACGGCGCUGGUCUCGUCGAGAGCUCGGUCAAGACCAUCUCACGCCCAGUAGUCAGCCGUCUCGGCGCCAGCUUGGGCGAGCGCGGAGUUGAGCAGCUCGACGAUUUCGCCUGCCGACAGCUCGACCGCAUCUACCCAUCCGCUGUCUCUUCUCCCAGCAAGGAAGAGAAGCGCGGCAUCCUCGAAGAAGUCGACCGCAAGGAUCAGGAGGAGUGGCAAAACAUGAGCCCAGAGGAGCGCGAGAAGCGCAGGACAGCCUACACGGCCCUCCAGCUCGAAGAGCGCGAACGCAAGCUCAUGGCCAACGAGCUUCGACAACGUCGCGGAAAGGGCACCGACCUCGAGAUCGAGACUUCGGCCGUUCCACAUAGUUCUUCCCUCGCAUCCAGCAGCGCCAGCAACACGCUUGUCUCGAACACGAGAGCGCAGAACGACAGCAACAUGGACGACGUCGAUGACGAAAACAAGGCAAAAGCCAGUUCCAAUGGCGCACUUGUGCGCGCCAACGCGGCACAGUCGCUCCCAUUCAAGAACAGCCGGUGGGGCUCCAUGUUGGUGGAAGCCGGCGCCACCGCAGGUGGUCUCUCGGCCGCCAUGAGCGAGGAGUCGAUGAAGUCGCUCAAGUACUGCCUUCAAUGGCUGCAGUACGCUACGGCGCACAUUGAGCAUCAGAUCACCAUCCUGCGCGACCUCAUCGUCAAGCUCAACCACGGCGAGCUCGACAUGUCUGCCACUGCCGUUCAGAACCUCGCGCUCAUCAAGGGCGACGUCGUCAACACCAUCCGCGGCGUCGUCGACGUGAUCGGAAAAUACGCAGGAAGCGCACUCCCCGAGCCAGCGCGAAACAGCGUCAAAGCUUUCAUUCUCAGUCUACCGGCGCGGUGGGCCACUGUCAACCGCAGCUCAGCAGCGAGCUCGCCUUCAGGAUACUUUGGCAGCAGCCCAUUGUCGCCCUCUUUUUCGCCCGCACACAUCAGCGAGGGACCGCAGUCACCAAGCCACCUCACCGCCAAUGCGAGGUACCGCAACGGUGCUGGCACUCCUCGCGACCAGAUGCAAGCUGCAGCUACGGCACAGGCAGCCAACCGCAUCUUGACGCUCGCCAUCGAGUCUCUCGAUAUCCUGCGCAGCGUCACCAUCGUGUUUGGCGAGUCACUCGAUCGUGCCGAUCUGUGGGUCGAGCGUCUUCGCAUUCUGGGUUUGCAGCGAAAACGCGCGCACGAAGCCAAUGCGACAGAACAGCACAUGAUCGCUGCAGGUCCCUCGUCCUCUUCAUCAGCACUGAGCGCUCCUCACUGGGAGAGUGCGCGAGGCUCUUCGAUGCGUGGACGCGCCUCAUCUCCUGGGGGCGAUAGCGAUGUCAGCAUGGGCACGAGUGCAUCCACCAAGCGUCGACGAACGCGACAAGCGCCGUCUGGAGGGUUUCACAUGUCGCGCACGCCCUCGGCCUCUCAGGGUGAAUUGUCAGAGGACGAAGAAUCGCUCACCGAGACGGAAAAGACCAAAUCACCGCCAAUUGCAAGCACCGUUGCCUUUUCGACCGGUACUGCUACGGGCAACGGUAUGCAUUCGCAUCAUCAUCACCACCCACACCACCCACACAGUGGCCGGCGCCCAGGUACACGUUCGCGCGCCGGUACAGGGACGGGCAAGCCGUAUCCCAUGCAUCCACCUACACUCCCGUCGCCUCUGCACGCCACGUUCGCCUCGUCCUCUUCAUCGGCAUCGCCACCGAUGGCGGCGGACAAGGAAACCACUGCUUGA